AUGGGACUUUUUGGGAAGUCAAAGAAGAAGGACUCGUAUGAGUCGCAGCAAACAUAUGGUCAACGAGCACAGUCAUCGUAUGAUCUGACUUGCGAGCGCCGGCGCUACAGAGAUGGGGAUUAUGCGCUCUACCAUCGCCAGCAAUAUCAGUACCAGCAGUAUGGCGGGCCGCCUCUCGCUCCAGCAGGCUGGAUGCUGGCACCGCCGUAUAUGCAACCGCAACAGCAACCGAUUCUGAUACAGAACAAUUACAUGCUUGCGCCUCCGGCACCUCAGUCAAAUGGAAAGGCUAGCAAGGUCAACAAGCUGGCCUCUGCUUCCGUCGCCAAUCUGCCGUCCUUUCUACAAGGAGAUUUGCCGAAUUGUAUACCUGGUGCUCAACUCUUCAAUAGCGGGGUUGCAGAGUGGCAGAAAGAAGGCGUUCAGUACAUGAACCAAGGAGCGGCACUUACUGAUUUAAUUUCGUCGAGAUUUGAUUCGGUUCUCACGUUAAUGGACAGCGACAAGUUCGGUAGAGAUGAGCACGAGUUGGUCGAGCUCAACGUUACCGAACAAGGGCAAGAGUCAGUGCCUGCGACUCGAGAUCGGGCUUUGACGACCUCACGUAAAACCUCCAAUACAAGAGGUGCUGACCGCGGACCUCAAGGCAUUGGAAAGGCCAUAUCAACAACAGAUGUUUUCACAAAGUGGAAGCUUUACUCGAAUUCCAUGGUUGCGGAGUCUUUGACCCCCGUUAAAUUUUACACGUCGACUCUCCCGCUUCUGUGUAUAGCGGCCCAGUACUCAGACCGCGUGUACCACACCCCAAAGGGUCAAGAGAGGCAUGAACACAUACCGCCCAACGUCCGCUUGGGAACCAAGGCCAUGGUAAUAAAAUCCGUGCCGGUAGAUGCCCAAGACGUCAUUGUCUUCGCGAUCCGAGGCAGCGCCAGGUUUAUGGAUUGGGCUGUCAACAUGAACCAAACACCGGCAUCUCCUUCUGGUUUCCUGGAUGAUGCUGGCAACCUCUGUCACGCAGGUUUUCUCGACGUGGCUCGUAAUAUGAUCAAGCCUGUUGCAGCCCGCUUACGACACCUCCUCCAAGAAGACCCUUCACGGUCCCGCUGCUCUCUUCUCAUAACCGGCCACUCUGCAGGCGGAGCGAUUGCCGCACUGCUAUACAGCCACAUGCUCUCGUCGAGUCGAGGAGCAGACUCCGAACUCAGAGCCCUAGCUGGCUUCUUCAAACGAAUCCAUUGCAUCACAUUUGGAUCGCCUCCGAUAUCUCUACUACCGCUCCAAAAACCACAAACCCCAGAGUUACGGAAGAGCCUCUUCCUCAGCUUCAUUAACGAAGGCGACCCAGUAUCCAGAGCUAGUAUAGCAUAUGUACAGUCGCUACUCAACUUAUACCUCACGCCAGCCCCCAUGGUCGCCAGUUCCCGGUCAAAAUCGGAACAAAGACCAAUGCCUAAAUCUAUUCUCAAGAAUAGCAAAGCCGCAAGUUCGAGCACGCUUGCCGUUAACGACGACCGCCCGCCUCUUCCAAGCCGCUCGAAGAGCGCCCCCGAAGGAGCUUCACCGAUAUGGAGAGUGCCGAAUGCGACGUUAAGUAACGGCGGCAAACUCAUUCUACUACGCGCCGUGCCUCGAAAGCAGGACUAUAAAUCGAGGCAAAGUGGCAGCGGGGAUAUUAUUCAAGCCCGUCUCGUUUCCGAUGAACAGCUGAGAUCUGUGGUCUUCGGCGAGAUGGUGGCGCAUUCGAUGUCUACCUACUUGAGGCGGAUUAAUAUCCUGGCGACGAAUGCGAUAACGAAUCGCGCUGAACAGGCGUCGCUGCGCGAUGGGAGUUAUGAAGGGAAUAGGAGACGAAUUAACGAUACCCGGGCGGAUAUGGAGUUAUGA